CAUGAAUGUUGUGUCCAAUGCAGCUGGUGGGUAUGCUAAUGUGGGGUAUACGAGGCAAGACGUAUAUAACUAUGUCGAUAGGUGCCGAAAAGAAAACAUCAGCAACGGUGAUGCUACAGCUGCACUGAGUUACUUGAGUUGUAAAAGCUACAAUGACAAUGGUUUUUUUAUGAAGUUCAAAGUUGGUGAUGAUUCGAGACUGGAGAAGUUAUUUUGGGCGGAUAGCAUAAGCAGGCUAGACUUUGGAUGCUUCGGUGAUGUGUUAUCGUUUGACACUACAUACAAGAAAAAUGCGUACAAUAUGCCUCUAGUGAUCUUCUCAGGUGUAAAUCAUCACAACAACACGUGUGUGUUUGCAUGUGCACUCAUGAACAAUGAAACUGAAGAAUCUUAUGAUUGGGUGUUAGAAGCCUUUGUGGAAGCAAUGGGUAAGAAGCCUAAUGCCGUUGUCACAGAUGGAGAUAAAGCAAUGGCGAAUGCUGUUAGUAAGGUUUUUCCUGAUGCAACCCAUCGUUUGUGCUCAUGGCAUCUGUUUGGUAAUGCAAAGGACCAUGUGAAGGAUAAGAAGUUUCUUUUCUCGUUCAAGAAUUGCAUGUUUGCUGAUUGUGGGAUUGAGGAGUUUGAAGAGAGGUGGAGGUCAAUGAUCACCAAGUUUUCAGUUGAGGACAAUAGCUGGAUUGGAAACACUUAUGAGAAACGGCGAGAGUGGGCAACUGCAUACUUAAGAGAUAAGUUUUUUGCUAACGUCCGGACGACAUCUCGUUGUGAAGGGGUCAAUUCAUUCAUUAAGAAGUACGUUAGUUGUCAGCAUAAUCUCCUGGAGUUUGUGAAUGAUUUUGAUCGUGCAUUGCGGCAUUUCAGAGAGAAUGAGGUUAAAGCAGACUUCAAGUCCAACUAUGGAACUCCUGAGCUAAGAAACACAGGUUUGAGAUCUCUCGAAAUAAGUGGUGCUAGUGUUUACUCAAGGGAGGCAUUUUUUACAUUUCGGGAGCAGCUCGAAGCAUCUAAUGGAUGCAUUAUGACCAGAUCUUUUGAAAGAUCUUCUCACCGUGUCUAUGAGAUGACAAUGUAUGAAGACUCCGAGGUUGUCAUAGAAGUUACAUAUCAACCAACCACAUCAGAAAUGGAGUGCAGUUGUUACAAGUUUCGUAGUACCGGUAUGCUCUGCGCACACAUGAUUUCUGUAUUACGGGAGCAGCGAGUGAAAGAGUUGCCUUCGGAGUUGGUUUUGCCGAGGUGGAGAAAAGACCCAAAAGGUACUAUGGAAAAACUUCAAAGAAAUGACACUCCAUCAGAGGAAGAAGAACGCAUAUGGAGAUCUGGCAUUAUACAGUACCACAACUUACAAUUGACAUCCUUAGCUGCCGAAUCUCCAAGUAUGUUCAAAGUUGCUCGGGCAGAGAUUUCAGCAUUGUGUGCGAAAUUGAAGGGAAUGAGUACUCUUAGUAAAGGUGCUUCCUCAGAGCCUGCUGAAGAUGAUCACGGUGAUGCAUCUGAACGUUAUAAAGAUGUUAAAGAUCCGGUACAGACACGAUUUAAAGGUGGUCGGCUGACUAAGAACAAGAAGGGGAAGGUCGUCAAAUCGAGACAAUGUGGCCAUUGUGGUGGUUUUGGUCAUUAUGCCUCAACUUGUAAAAAUCCUCCAAAAAAUUCGACGAACAGUUCGAGUGAGCAAGUUAGAAACAAGAGCACAGCAAAGGUUGAGGAAGAGGACGAGCUUGAUAACGAGGUCGAGGAAGACGAGGACGACGAGGAAGAGGAAGAGGAGGAGGAGGAGGAUGACUCUCAAGAUGACGACGAGGAUGGGGACGAUGAUGAAGAGGAAGAGGAUGACGAUGACAACGACGAUUCUUGAGCUCCGGGUGUUGGAACUAGUUCUGGAAUACCUCCUAUUGCCAGUGUGGAUAGACAGACAGGUAAUGCAAUCAAAUGGAACUAUCCCGUACGUGUGGCUCUAAAUUCUGGAACUGAAAGCAGAAGCAUCAAAGCAUAGAUAUGCCUACUUUGAAUUAUGUAAUAUGUACUCUAGCUCGCAAAUUCUUGAAAAUUUCGUAGUUAAUUAGCUGGUGGACAAACUUUGAUCAAUCGGAUCUAGCACUCAUAGUUAUUUAUUUGGUCAAGCUUUGAAAUUGAUUUGGGUAGUGUUAAAAUUAGCAGCUCGAUUAAGAAUUUCAUGUUAGAUAACUCAUUGAUCAUAUUCAUGAUA